CCGCCAGGCUCACACCCUUCUCCAGAAGGAGGUGGGCCAAAGGCAGGUGGGAGGAAGGAGGGAAGCCCAGCCGUCCUGGAGCCUAGCCCAUACCUCAGAUUCGCAACCCCAGACGGGGACUUGACAGCCUGCGGGCAUUGUCCGGGACUUGGAGCUAGAGUGACAGGGGCCCCUUUGGCAGAGACUAGGGUGGCGCUGCGGGCGCAUGCCCCAGACACGCCCUAUGAAAAUCGCUCCAGGGAUCGGUCACCGAACUUAGUCUUGAACACCGCUGGCCAGGUCCGUGCGACAGGUUCUACUUCCCCGCCCGAGUGGGGUCUCGCUGGGCUCCCUCCGUGAUCACCACCUAUGCCUUGGAAUGUUCCAGAGGGUCAAUUUCCUGUGCGGGUGAAUUCGGCGCCCAGCGCCUCUCCUCUGCCUCCUCCCUCCCCGCUGCCCGGACACCCCAGGUCGCUCUGUCCCCGCCACACUCUCAUCGCCCCCGCGCGCCCGGGAGCAUUCUCCCCGCCCCGCGCCGCUGCCCUAGAGCUCCCGGCGCCCCGCAGCCAGGGCUCCGCUACGCCUGCUUCGCCCCACGAGCCGUGUCCUCCGGAGCCCCCGGGGCCAUGAGUCUCUGCUCUGUCCCCUGUCGUCCCACCGGCGCCGCUGCGGCGCUGGGGCUCGGUAGCCUCUUGAUGCUGUUCGGGCCGGGACGCGCGUGCCCCACGGGCUGUUCCUGCACCGACCCCCACACCGUGGACUGCCGUGAUCGCGGGCUGCCCAGUGUGCCCGAUCCUUUCCCCCUGGACGUGCGCAAGCUGCUUGUGGCCGGCAACCGAAUCCAGCAGAUCCCCGAGGACUUCUUUAUCUUCCACGGAGACCUGGUCUAUCUGGAUUUCAGGAACAACUCCCUGCGCUCGCUGGAGGAGGGCACGUUCCACGGCUCGGCGAAGCUGGCCUUCCUGGACCUGAGCUACAACAACCUCACUCAGCUGGGCGCCGGCGCCUUCCGCUCAGCGGGACGACUGGUCAAGCUGAGCCUGGCCAACAACCACCUGGCCGGUGUGCACGAGGCCGCCUUCGAGAGCCUGGAGUCGCUGCAGGUGCUGGAACUCAACGACAAUAACCUGCGCAGCCUCAACGUGGCGGCUCUGGAUGCACUGCCGGCGCUGCGCACUGUGCGCCUCGAUGGGAAUCCCUGGCUAUGCGACUGUGACUUCGCCCACCUCUUCUCAUGGAUUCAAGAGAACGCAUCCAAACUGCCCAAAGGCCUCGAUGCCAUCCAGUGCUCACUGCCCAUGGAAGACCGGAGGGUGGCCCUGCGCGAGCUGUCAGAAGCCAGUUUUAGCGAGUGUAAGUUCAGCCUGUCCCUCACGGACCUAUUCAUCAUCAUCUUCUCGGGCGUGGCCGUGUCCAUCGCCGCCAUCAUCUCCAGCUUCUUCCUGGCCACUGUGGUGCAGUGUUUCCAGAGGUGCGCCCCUAACAAGGACACGGAGGAUGAGGAUGACGACGAGGAUGACUGAGCCACCUCUUCCUGCCCUUUGCUUUCCCACACCCAAGCUAGUGGUACCUCUCCAAGGGAGACCGAGAUGCUGAAGACAGAAGCAUCGCAUCACUCCAGGCAGUGAAAGGGCGGGUGCUUGCCUAGACGCACCUGCUGGGACAGUCGAUCCCAGAGCAUAGAAUCAGCAGAGUAGAGAUGCAGGAAGGAUGGAGAGAUUCAUUCCUGAGAGAGCCCACCUCCCAGGCUGGGGCAUUCAUGUGUGUGAAGAUAAUCAAGUCAGGCUUCAUGGCUUACAGCUUUACAACUUCCCCAAGCUGAAGUGAGAGCUUUACAGCUUCUGACCUCAGAGGCGUUUGGACCAUUCUUAUUACGAGCUGCACUCUGGACCAUGAAUCAUCUUCCUCCUAAAAGACAGCAGAGCUCUCGGUGGAGAUUCAAGCUCAGCUCAUUCUCCACGGGAGCAGGAAUUCUUUUCCUCUAUAAAAGGACCCAGCAGCUUUGGGAUGUUAGACCAAGAAUAAACAAAUGUACCCGCAAUAGACAAUGUCUGUGUCUCCCCUCCAUUGCUGCGUUGACUCCAAUACCCAGCGUGAUGAUGCAAGAUGACUUGAGCCAGCAACACUGAGCUGGGCGAAGAUACCCGAGGCAGAGGUUCACAAGAAGUGGCUGGGGUUGUUUUCGGGAUCCACUCCUUCAGGGUGUUUUGAAGAGGGCCCUUGGAUAUGACUGGGUCAUGAGGAUGGAUUCAUACUGAGUGCAGUUAGUGCCCUUAUAACACAGACUCUGAAGACCUCCCUGCCCCUUCUUCCAGGUGAGGACCCCGUGAGAGGACAGCCAUCUGUGAACCAGGAAGUGGUCUCUCACAGGAACUCAACCCUAUUGGCACCCUGGCCUCCAACCUCUAGCCUC